AUGUCUCGAAAUUUAUUUCUUCAUAUUAUCGAUGCAAUAAAAGCGUAUGAUAUGUACUUCGAACAACAAAGAGAUGCAAUAGGUAAAAUUGGAUUAUCUACUCUUCAAAAAAUCACAGCUGUGUUUCGAAUGUUAGCGUAUGGUUUGUCGGCGGAUGCUACCGACGAAUAUGUGAAAAUUGGGGAGUCCACUGCAAUUGAAAGUCUAAAGAGAUUUUGUCGAGCCACCGUUGAGGUAUUUGGUGAGCAGUAUCUGAGAUCACCAACUGCCAAGGAUGUUGCAAGGCUUCUUUAUAUUGGUGAGCAACGUGACUUUCCUGGAAUGUUAGGUAGUCUCGAUUGCAUGCAUUGGAAAUGGAAAAAUUAUCCUACUGCAUGGGCUGGCCAAUAUACAAGUCGUAGUGGAUCGCCAACAAUUAUUUUAGAAGUUGUAGCUGAUUAUGACCUUUGGAUAUGGCAUGCAUAUUUUGGAAUGUCUGGCUCUAAUAACGAUAUUAAUAUUUUGGAGUCAUCGUAUUUAUUUUCCGAUCUUGCUAAAGGUAUUGCUCCUUCCGCUCAUUAUGUUAUUCAAGGAAAAGUAUAUAAUACGGGUUAUUAUUUAGCUGAUGACAUAUAUCCGAAAUGGUCAACUAUUGUGCAAACUAUUCGUGAACCACAAACAAGGAAGAAGAAGUAUUUUGCAAUGAAAUAA